AUGACAGAUGCCCCGGACCAGGAGAUGCCUCAGAGCAUCGUGUGCAUCAGGUGUGAGGAAGAGACAAGCAUCUUGACGAGCUACCCAACUGGAAGGAACUGCUUGAGGCGGAUCUGCUCCUGCUGUUCGUCCACAGACCGCUGCCUCGCUCGGAUGGCUAAAGCACCGAAGAAGGGCUCUGCCGAAGAAGCCAAAGAAAGCGAGGAGGCCAAGAAAGCUCGCAAAUCCGCUGAGGCCCUGAGGGGAAGCGUGGCCAAGAUGGGUUCCUCGGAGCGUGCCCAGUGGUACCGCCAAGAGAAACGGAAGCGGGCAACCGAGUCAAAGAAAAGCCGCAGGACCUUCGCAACGGCAGUGGGGGCCUUGGAAGAGACUCGCCAGACUGGGAACGAAGAUUGCAGCGGCUCACGAUACAUGACCCCCCGCGACUGGUGCGCACGGGAAAUGAUCCUGAAGCAGUACAGUACCUUGGAGGAUGCUAUGGCAGCCUACGAGCAGCGCUGCACGGAUCCGGACGUUGUGACCAAGGAGAUCAACGGGGAACUCUGCCUCCGGGUCAACAACGGAGGUCUGGAAAAUGUCGUGGACCGCCAUACCGUUGCAGCAUCCGUGCGGCAGCGGACUGACCUUGGCGAUGGCGAGCAGCUUGAUGGUUUCGAAGAGGAAAUCGCACCUCGCAUGAAACGUGCUUCUGACAAGCUCCAAACAGAGCGGCUUCUGUCAGAGCAGCAGGGCAAGCAGGCCUACGUUCCGGCCGUCGCGGUGCGACGAGAUUUGGAGCAAGAGAAGGAAGUUGCUGAGAACAGAGCUGCUGAAUUUCAGCAGCAAGCCUUGGCACUCAAGGAGAAAGCUGAUCAAAAGAAGAAAGAGUUGAAGGAGAAGCAAGCAACCCAGCUUCCCUCCUUGGCAGUGGCAAAGCUCAGCCUCACCAACGCUAUCCACAAGGCAAACGCUUCGAUGUCCGAGCUGUUGAAGCGUCAGAAGGCUACGGCAGACACCUUGUGCAAGGACUUGACGAAUGCUUUGUGCAUGGCAGACGUGCCCGUGAAGAGAGAAGCCGAGGACAAGACGAAAGUGCUGAAUGACAAGAUCAAGGACCUGGAGACUGCCAUGGAGGAGUCCAUCACAGAGUGGAACACCAAGGCUGCUGACGAAAGCCUUGACGUCGAAGCCAUGGUGUCAAUGGAGAACGAACUGGCAGCCUACAUGAAGGAGUGGCACCUUGGCAAGCACUGCCAGGCAGUGUUGGACACGAAGCAGCAGAUUGAAAACUUCCGCGAAUUCACCGCAGACUGCAAGAAGGAGGUGAAGAAGCGGGACAAGCUGGCCGCGAAGGCGACAGUGAGGGGUUCGAAAAAGAAGGCCAAGCUUGAUCAUCCGAACAGCCAGGCAGCUUCCGAGACCCCCGCCUUGGUGGUCAAGCUGUUGAAGCACCUCAAUCAGAACCCGCUUCCCGAUGAUCCCAUCAACUGCGCAGCGGAGCCAGAGGAUGACAUGACAGUGCCCCUUCUGCUCCCACCAACGCCCUAUUACAGCGAGCAAAAGAAGUGGGUGGAGCAGAUGCUGCUGAGGAGCAGCCAGAAGUACUCGUGUGCGGUGGUCACCAGAGACAAUGUGGCCAGGCCCUUCUUGCAGCUGCUGGACCAGAUCCUGCCGGUGCCACUGCGUUCCGUGGCACGACCCUCGAGCAAGAGAUCUGGCAGCAAGGAAAUCUACUUGGGGUUCCCCGUGAAGAAGCUAGCCGGCAACACGACGGCCGAGAUGCUGCAGCACCUGGAGCAGAUGCGUGCAGAAGAGUUCCUCACGGCAGUUCAGCGGGAUGGCUGGUGUGUGACAUGCCGCCCUGGGAGGGGAGUCGUGCUGCCCACGAAUUGUUUGUUUGUUCAUCUGAGCCUGCGGGGACCUGAGACCUGCCGCGGAGCCAGGAUUCACAUCGUGUCUGACAAAAGCCUCCAGACGGCUCUCACUCACCUGGAGAGGCAGGUCCAACAGGACCCGGCACUGGAGUCCAAAAGAGCCGGCCAGCUGCUGAAGUGGAUCCGCGAGAGGUGA